AUGGGGACCUCAGUGUGGGUGCUGCUGGGGGUGCCGCUCAGGUUGGGCUGGGUGAGGUGUGAGGGACUCCAGGAGGACGCUCGGUCCCUGGGGGAAGGAGGUUCGGCCCCCAGCGGGAGGAGGUUCGGCCCCCAGGGGGAGGAGGCUCGGCCUGGAGAGGUGGGCUGGGCUUCAGCCCCGCUCCGUGUGGAUCAGCGCAGACAUGUCAGAGUGUCCCCUCCCAACGGUGGCCUGUGCUCUGUGCACUGGGGACAGGCCCCCUCAGGACCAGCUCAGAGCGCAGGACGCAGAAGGGCCGUGAGAGGGCCCCCCCCCAGCACCGUGCCCCCCACUCAUGUCCGCUUUCCUGAAAAAGAGAACAACUUCCCGCCGCUGCCCAAGUUCAUCCCCCUGAAGCCCUGCUUCUACCAGAACUUCUCCGACGAGAUCCCCAUCGAGCACCAGGUUCUGGUGAAGCGCAUCUACCGCCUGUGGCUGUUUUACUGCCUCACGCUGCUGGUGAACCUCGUCGCCUGCCUGGCCUGGUGGAUCGGCGGUGGCUCCGGGGCCAACUUCGGCCUGGCCUUCGUCUGGCUCCUGCUCUUCUCCCCCUGCAGCUAUGUCUGCUGGUUCCGGCCGGUCUACAAGGCCUUCCGGGCCGACAGCUCCUUUAACUUCAUGGCGUUCUUCUUCCUCUUUGGGGCCCAGUUCGUCCUGACGUUCAUUCAGGCCAUCGGCUUCUCCAACUGGGGCGCGUGUGGCUGGCUGGCGGCCAUCAACUUCUUCCGGACCAGCGUCUGGGCCGCUGUGCUCAUGCUGUUCCCGGCCGUCCUGUUCUCCGUGUCGGCCUUCGCGAUGGCCGUGAUGCUCUUGAAGGUUCACAGGAUCUACCGAGGGGGUGGAGGAAGCUUCGAGAAGGCACAGACGGAGUGGAACACAGGCGCAUGGCGGAAUCCACCGUCCCGAGAGGCCCAGUACAACAACUUCUCGGGCAACAGCCUGCCCGAGUAUCCCACUGUGCCCAGCUACCCGGGCGGCGGGGGCCAGUGGCCCUGA